AUGGGUUGUGAGGAAAUCGACCUCUAUUACAACUAUUAAGUAUUUUAAUUAUUUAAGAAUCAUAAGCUUCACCAAUUUCAAAUGUAAAAGAGCAAAUUCUAGCAUAUAACUCAUAAUUUUUAUUGUACCCAAGAAUUUUAAAAGAUACUUUUAUGUUUUAAUAGAUAAAAAACAUAGAAAAAAAUGAUUAGGUCAAGGAGAAACUUUUUGAUAGUCAAAUUAAAGGAGAUGGAUAUUAGCUAUUCUUUCGGAUGUAUAAUAUUUAUCUAUUAUAAAGUAUGUAUGCAACACCUACUAUAAAUGAACUUUCUUUGGAUGCUAGAAUGGGAAAGAUUUUCUCUAUUACUUAGAGGAGUGAAAUAUGGAUAGAACGAGAGAAGAGUACCGAGUACAAAAUGCUACUUAAAUGUCUGGAAAACAGAUUUAAGGAACUUGAAGAUGAAAUAUACAAGAGCGAAGAGGACCAUAAAACAUUAAAAUAUUCGAAAUGUACAAGCAAAUCUGAGCUCUAAAUACAAAUCUGAUGAAGCUUGA